GCCAAAAUGCAGCAGACAUUUCGACAAGCUUGCGAUGCAGGCUUUGUGCCCUUCAGUGGCAGCCCACCAUGCCGACUUCAACCUGCAAACGGGGUGAGCCCAGAGGCUAUCGUCGCCGUGGAGAAGUUAUGCGCAAAUCUGUCCGAGCUACCCUGGUAUCUCCACCUGAAUCUUCUGAAGAAGAACUUCGGACUGUCGGAGGAACUCCGCAAGAUCUGCACGACACAGGCUGGUGUCGUCACAUGGUUCGACUUUGCGCGAGUUUUCACAAGCUUCGACCCACUUGUUUCAAAGCGGGUCGUGUCCGAGAUUUGGACGUAUAUGAACCACUGGAACAUGGCGAAGGGUGAGGAGCUCGAGCUGCAGGUUUUUCUUCGGUUUUGCCUUCCCGGAGGUUUCGCCUUGCCGCUGGUAUCUCCGUUGUCUGCGGAAGAAGAAACAAAGAGGAUGGCUCGAGCGGACCUCGAGGCCAACAAAGAAGAGUUCGUGGCGCUUCAGGCAAAGUACCGG